AUGCUAGGUUCUAAGCAGCUAAUAGAGAACUUAAUAAGAUUUAAAUUCCACAAGACACCAUACACAUGGAGCUCAGUUUGGCCUUUCAAAAGGAAUUCGGCGGUAAUAGUAUUAUUGUUUAUUGGCAUGAAAGGCGAAUUACGUGUGCUUUUGACUAAACGUUCAAGAACAUUAAGAAGCUUCUCAGGUGAUGUCUCAUUCCCGGGGGGUAAAGCUGAUUAUAUUCAAGAAACGUUUGAAAAUGUAGCCAGGAGGGAAGCUGAAGAGGAAAUUGGAUUACCACGUGAUUCUGAGAUCUUACAUAAGGAGUUUGGGAUGAGAUUGGAUAAUUUAGUCAUGGAUAUGCCAUGCUACCUAUCGAGGACGUUUUUGAGUGUUAAGCCAAUUGUCUGCUUCCUUUACAAGGAUAAAUUAGAAAAAAAUGAAGAUAAAUACAAAGUUCCCUUAGAUAUUCGUAAGUUUUUUGGUAAGCUGAAUCCCGGAGAAACGUCAUCUUUAUUCUCUGUGCCACUUAACGAUUUAAUUGUGCAUCUUUUACCCAGGAAUGAUGAGAAUGUAAAAAAUUAUCGGGCAGAGUAUUUUGAACGUAAAGAGUAUAAACUUAAUUGGGGUGGAAUAAAAUGGUUAAUCAUGCAUUACCACUUCCAUGUGGCAAAUAAUAACGAAAUGCCAUGGUUACAAAUCAUAGAAGACUUAUCUAGUUCAGAUGAAGAUGCUGGUGACGGGGCAAUCUUCAGAUUCAGGGAUCUUUGGGGAUUGACAUGUAAAAUUCUAUUUGACGUUUCAUGUGUAGCUAAUGGAUUAAUUGAUGACAAGAUGAAAAGAGAAUUAGGCCAUGAAGAUUUGAUAGUUGGGCUGUAUGAUUAUGGAAAUCAGAUGCAACCAAGUGGAAGAAGUGAGUGGGAAGUAGGAAUGAUAAAUGGUGACAAGAACUUAAAAUAUAGCGAUGUGAUUCCUGAAUAUUUUAUGAAACAUCUGAUAGGACGUCGGCCGUUAUGGUGA